AUGGGGUUUCAGGACGACUGUAUUUCUAGGACUGGUACGAUCCAGGGUUGCAUGAUCUUUGCCGAUUUUUCCGACGCUCAAUCACCAGCUUCUGAAUCCGUUGAAGAGCUACGCGAUCUUCUUAUACCGGAUGCAGCAAAAUGGUACCAGACCGCCAGCUACGGCCAGCUUGAACUCAAUAUCACAGCCGAUACUACCAAGUUCUACCGCAUGCCCAAAUCAGCAGCAUCUUAUAAGGGGGAAGAGGUUGAGGGCGGUGUCAAGGCCAGUGUCGUUGCUAAGAACGACACUUCUGCUUUGGUAGUCGAAGCUCGUGUUGCGAAGGGCGUUGAUGGGAAUAUUUGCGCCCCGGGAGUUCUUCUGUAUACCGUUGAUACAACGCUAGCCAUGUCGGAGGGUUCGAUCAAGGUCUUGGAUGUGACGCCCGGAUCGAACGGCUACGGGGAUGCCAAUGGCGCGGUUGAACGACGGGACUUUGUCGAUGAAUGGGAAGAAGUCGUUUGA